GAAAGAAAAAGGUUGAGUUUGCGUGGUAACAUACUGUGCGCGACGACCUAAAUGCAGCACAAAAUAAAUGCUAUGCUUUUAAGGGACAGUUGAGCACCAGGACUUGCGGGAAAAACAAUAUGAAUGUUUGAUCGAAGCUCCCCUGGGGAGUUUGUGUAGUUACAGCUUUUCAGCCAGAACAAUUCUGCUCCAACAUGAACCACGGUGAACAACUGAUCACCUUCACUCGUGCCCAAGGGGAGUCAGAUCGUUGGAGAGAUGGACACAUUCAGAAAAAAACCAGAGGUUCUUGCUUUACCAACCAGGAAGAAGAGAAUGCAGCUGGUGAAGCCGUGCGUAACUUUUAUGAGAGCCUGGCACUUACAAGUAGUUCUAAAAGAGUGUUACAGAGGAAACCAACUGUAGUUCGUGUACUCCAUCGGCCAGCGCAGGUGUCUCCUUGCAUCCCAAACUGCCCAGGACAAACCGACACCCACAAAGGGAAUCAGCUCUUGAAAGCCGCUCAAGAUGGCAACAUGAAGUCUCUCCAAAGGCUUGUGGAGAAGGAAGGGUGUGAUGUGAAUUAUAAAGAUGGGUUUUAUUGGACACCCAUCAUGUGUGCAGCCUAUGCUGGACAAGGGGAAGCGGUACAUUAUCUUUUGAGUCAUGAGGCUGCUUGGGUGGGGAUUUGUGAAUCACAAGGCCGGGAUGCUAUGGAUCUAGCUGAAGAAGCUGGACAUGAAGAGGUGAUCAGCAUCCUUCGGGAGAGCAAAAGGCCUCAAGCGAAGAAUGAAUCCUCUAGUUUACAGUUACCAGCUGAGAGAAGAUACUGUGAUGUAUGCCAGGCACACUAUAGCGAAGACACUGUGGAUCUCCACCAGCGUUCCACGGCCCACCUUUUCAAUCGACGUGACCCGUUACCCUCCACCCGGUACUGCAUCCCUGAGAAUAAUGUGGGCUUCCAAUUGAUGGUCAAAGGUGGCUGGGAUAAAGAAACUGGAUUGGGGCCCGAUGGUGCUGGUCGCAAGUUCCCUAUUAAGACUGUCCUCAAGAGAGAUCAGAAGGGCCUCGGCUUCUGCAGUAACCUUAAACCCAAGGUUACCCACUUCAGACCUAAUGACCGUUGUGCUGUAGAGGAACCUGUGAAGCGGCAAUCCAGAAAAGAACGAGCAGCAACCGUGGGAAAACGGGAGGCCCGCCGGAGGGAGGCCAAGGCUGCAGCUUGGGAACGCAACCUCCGUACUUACAUGAACUUUGAUCUUUGAACAGUUUUGGACAAAUGGAGAUCAUAAUAAUCGCAUAUCCAACUAUGAGUUAUACAUCAUAAUAAAGUAUAGCUUAAUCAU